UUCUCUCCUUCAACCUAAUACACACCCCCAUGAUCCUAACCCCGAAGAGGUGGGUGGGUUUCCUCAUUUGUCAACUCAAAUUCAUAACAUUAUAUCCAAAUCCCUUUUUGUCUGCUCGAUUCCUGAUUCUCUACGAUUCGAAUUCCGGAGACGGGUUGUGCGCGUGUAUCGAUAUUGCUUGUAAACUCUCAAAAAGCCAUGGCGGUUUCUAAAUCCUUCCUCGUCAGCUCGAAGCUGGAGACUUUGUUAUCGAAUCCAAAUGAUCCGUCUUCCUCUCCCGCGCCGCUGAUUAGGAUUCCUACUUGUCCGAUGAACAACAACGGGUCAAGACGAGGCCUGAUCCAGAGAGCCCGCUGCGAGAUCUCUUCAUCCAAGGCGGCUAGCGUCUCGGCCCUGGAGCAGCUCAAAACCUCUGCUAUUGACAGAUACACGAAGGAAAGAAGCAGCAUUGUGGUGAUUGGCCUCAACAUCCACACAGCUCCCGUUGAGAUGCGUGAGAAGCUCGCCAUCCCCGAAGCCGAAUGGCCACGAGCUAUCACCGAGCUAUGCAAUUUGAACCACAUCGAAGAAGCUGCUGUCCUCAGUACCUGCAACCGUAUGGAGAUUUAUGUCCUGGCUCUGUCUCAGCACCGUGGUGUCAAAGAAGUCACUGAAUGGAUGUCUAAGACAAGUGGGAUCCCAGUUUCAGAUCUCUGUCACCACCGUUUCGUGAUGUACGACAAGGACGUCACGCAGCAUCUGUUCCAAGUCUCGGCUGGUUUGGACUCUCUUGUCCUAGGAGAAGGUCAGAUACUUGCUCAGGUGAAACAAGUUGUUAACUUAGGCCAAGGAGUCAAUGGCUUUGGGAGACACAUCAGUGGUCUGUUCAAAAAGGCGAUCACCGCUGGUAAGCGCGCUAGAACCGAGACAAACAUCGCUGCUGGGGCUGUUUCCGUUAGCUCUGCCGCCGUUGAGCUUGCUCUCAUGAAGCUUCCGGCACACGCAUCAUCAUCAUCUGCUAGGAUGUUGGUGGUUGGGGCGGGGAAGAUGGGGAAGCUUGUGAUUAAGCACUUGGUUGCUAAGGGAUGUACUAAGAUGGUGGUUGUGAACAGAAGUGAAGAGAGAGUUGUAGCUAUACGCCAGGAGAUGCCUCCUGGUGUUGAGAUUGUUUAUAAACCCUUUGAUGAGAUGCUGACUUGUGCUGGUGAAGCUGAUGUUGUCUUUACCAGCACAGCCUCGGAGUCGCCGCUGUUCUUGAAGGAGCACGUGGAGAGUCUCCCUCCCGUUGCGGAUGGGAGGCUCUUUGUUGACAUCUCUGUUCCGAGGAACGUUGACUCUUGCGUCGGUGAGCUAGACAGUGCACGGGUUUACAACGUGGACGAUCUUAAAGAAGUGGUCGCUGCGAAUAAAGAAGACAGGGCGAAGAAAGCGAUGGAAGCUCAGGGGAUCAUCGCGGAGGAGUCCAAACAGUUUGAAGCGUGGAGAGAUUCUCUAGAGACGGUUCCAACGAUCAAGAAGCUGAGGGAGUAUUGCGAGAGGACGAGAGCUGGUUUGGUCGAGAGAUUCAUGUCGAAACAUGGCGAUGGUAUGGACAAGAAGACGUGGAAAGCGGUUGAGGAUUUGACACGAAGUGUGGUGAACAAGAUUUUGCACGGUCCGAUGCAGCAUUUGAGAUGCGAUGGGAGUGAUAGCAGGACGUUGAAAGAGACGUUGGAGAACAUGCAGGCGCUGAAUAGAAUGUAUGGACUCGAUGUAGAGUUGCUUGAGGAUAAGAUUAGAGUGAAGGUGGAACAAAAGUAGAGAUUAUUUGUGUUACAUUCAUUUUUUUUCUUUACAUUUGUAGAGGCACAUGAGUAGAGAGUGGAGAUAGCUUCUGAGGAAGAAGAUGUGAGAAGUGAACCAUAAUUGUUUCAUUGAGUAUGUGUUUGAAAUUAAAUAAUAUUUACAUUUUCUUGAACCAAAUAAACAAAUAUUAAGAAUGA